AUGGCACCCAACCCAGCGAGCAAUCUCUGUACAUCUACAGCAUGUCUUCAACUUGCCGCGGACAUGAAGCAGAGUAUGGCAUUAAACUACACCAAAAUCGACCCAUGUGAAGAGUUUGAGCAGUAUGCCUGUGGCAACUGGGCUGAAUAUCACGAUAUUCCCCAAGGCGAGGACACUAUAUACGGCAUCACAGCCUCCCAAGAACAAACAUACAUACUGGCGAGAAGAAUACUCGAAGAUCCAUACCCUACUGGCGAAGACGCUGGAUAUAUCACUGUCAACUUGACCAAGGAGCAGACCAAGGCCGACAAGAGAAACCUCGCCAAAAUCCAGGAGGCUUAUCAAGUCUGUCAGAACUACACGGCGCUUGAGGAAGAAGGUCUCAAUGUCCUGUCGGAAGUUGUUAGAACGGUCGUAGAGUUGUACCCUACUGGUGCAUCCAACACGACCACGAAUUCUUCUGCUUUGACAGAGACAUUAGCAACCUUCGAAAGCUAUGGGAUUGGAACUUUCCAACAGAUGUUUGUCUCACAGAAUGAGUACGACCCAGAAGAAGUCGUUCUAGGAAUCUCUCCACCUCUAUUCCAGGCACUGCGAUUGCCGAGUACAGAAGAAGGCGAGGCAGAGUUGAUGGAAAUAACCUCUGCCCUGCUCAGGGCUACAUACCCUUCUAAGCUCAGCAACACAACUGCCACCGAACUUGCAGGAUCUAUUUACUUGUUUCAGAUGAAGCUCGUAAUGGCUUGGGCGUGGAGCCUGGAAAACGAAGCUUCUGAUGAUGUUCCUGCAGGGAAUUUGAAGAAGCUGGCCCCCAACCUCGACUACGAGGGUGUGAUCAAGCAGCUUGCCCCCAAGAACUGGAAAGGAACGGUUAACACUCUUUAUCCUUCCUACUUCACGAACAUGUCUCAAAUCAUCUCCCAGACACCGACUGAAACAGUACAGGCGUACUUUGUAUGGAAGAUGAUAUCCUCCGUGUCACCUUAUAUCGAGCAUGACUUGACCAACGCCUACAACGACUUUCAAUCCAAACUCCAAGGAAAAGACCCAGAAAGCCCCAGACCUCGCUGGAGAAAAUGCGUUACCCUGCUGGAUCGGGGAGUAGACUGGAUCGUCAGCAUUCCCAUCGCUGAAGCAACCGUAGGUCCUCAUGGUUUAACCUGGAUUCUUACUCGCUUCUUCGUGGAUAAGAACUUUGGCCCGGAUAAGAUCAAGACAGCCUCAGAAAUGGUCGACUAUAUCAAAGAGGCCUUCUCAGAUCGCAUCAAGACGCGUAAAUGGGCAACUGCAAAGGUCAAGGAAGCCGCACUUGAGAAGAUCGAGGCUAUGCAAAAGAUGAUUGGACUUCCUACAGAUCCCAACCCUAUGGAUCCCAUCGCUAUUGAGAAGUACUACUCCGAUAUCGAAAUCAAGCCAUCUCUUGUCCUAAAUGCCUUGGCAUUCGCAAAGUCCAAGAUCUCCAAACAAUGGAAGAGCCUUGCCGAGCCAUAUAGCAGAGGCCAACUUGUCAUGACCACUCUUAAGGCCAACGCAUACUACGCUCCGACCCGGAACGAGAUCGGUCUACUGGCAGGGUACCUCCAGGCUCCCAUUUUCGACCCGGGGUACCCAGACUACAUCAACUACGGAGGUGCAGGUAGCAUUGUUGGUCAUGAGAUCACACACGGCUUCGAUAGUCAGGGGUACAUGUACGACAAGACGGGAAACAAGACGUCAUGGUGGGACAAGGAGUCAGAAGAAGCCUUUGUGAACCAAACAAAGUGCUUUGUCGAGCAGUACAGCAACUUCACCAUCGAGGCACCCGAUGGAACAGCUCUCCCCGUUAACGGAAGCCUGACUUUGCCCGAAAACAUCGCCGAUGCCGGUGGUGUCGUGUCAGGUUUUGCAGCCUGGAAAAAGCAAGUCAAAGACAAAGGAGUCGACAAGAAUCUACCAGGCCUAGAGAAGUUCUCACACGAGCAACUGUUCUUUCUAAAAUGGGGUCAGACCUGGUGUUCGAGGAUUCAGCCCAAGUAUGCUUUACAACUUCUUACGACAGACGUACACGCUCCCAGUGCUGCCAGAGCCUUGCUACCUUUGACGAACUCUGCCGAGUUUAACAAGGCUUUCAGUUGCACAAAAAAGAGCCCCGUUUGCGAGCUUUGGUGA